ACAGUUGUACCAAUUACUAGCAAAAAAGAGAAAGUCUGAGAGAAAUCACAGGUCAUUCUUCUUUGCAAAUCACUCUUAGCAUUCAUCAGAUAUCAGAAAUGGAGAUUGGGUUAGCAGUUGGUGGUGCAUUUCUCUCUUCAGCUUUGAAUGUUCUCUUUGAUAGGCUUGCUCCUCACGGUGAUCUGCUCAACAUGUUUCGGAAGCGUAAGGAUCAUGUUAAGCUCUUAAAGAAGCUGGAGGACAUUUUGCUUGGGCUUCAGAUUGUGCUAAGUGAUGCAGAGAAUAAGCAAGCAUCAAAUCGACAUGUGAGCCAAUGGCUUAAUAAGCUCCAGAGUGCUGUGGAUGGCGCUGAAAAUUUGAUAGAAGAAGUCAAUUAUGAAGCUUUGAGGCUUAAGGUGGACGGUCAGAAUCUUGCAGAAACAAGCAACCAGCUAGUAAGUGACCUCAACCUGUGCUUGAGUGAUGAUUUCUUUCUUAACAUAAAGGAUAAGUUGAAAGAAACCAUUGAAACAUUGGAGGUGUUGGAAAAUCAAAUUGGUCGCCUUGGCUUAAAGGAGCAUUUUGUUUCGACUAAACAAGAAACUAGAACACCUUCAACUUCUUUGGUUGAUGAUUCUGGUAUCUUUGGAAGGCAGAAUGAAAUAGAGUAUUUGAUUGGCCGUUUGCUGUCUAUGGAUACAAAGGGAAAAAAUCUGGCUGUAGUUCCUAUUGUUGGAAUGGGCGGCCUGGGUAAGACAACACUUGCUAAAGCGGUUUACAAUGAUGAGAGAGUGCAGAAACAUUUUGGUUUGAAAGCUUGGUUUUGUGUUUCUGAGGCAUAUGAUGCUUUCAGAAUAACAAAAGGUUUACUUCAAGAAAUUGGCUCAACUGACUUGAAGGUUGAUGACAAUCUUAAUCAGCUACAAGUCAAAUUGAAGGAAAAGCUGAAUGGAAAAAGGUUUCUUGUUGUCCUUGAUGACGUGUGGAAUGAUAACUAUCCUGAGUGGGAUGACUUGAGAAAUCUUUUUUUACAAGGAGAUAUAGGAAGUAACAUCAUUGUGACGACACGUAAAGAGAGUGUUGCCUUGAUGAUGGGUAGUGGGGCAAUCUACAUGGGAAUUCUGUCUAAUGAAGACUCUUGGGCUCUAUUCAAACGACAUUCACUAGAAAAUAGGGAUCCUGAGGAACAUCCAGAAUUUGAAGAGGUUGGAAAACAAAUUGCAGACAAGUGCAAAGGGUUGCCUUUAGCUCUAAAAGCACUUGCUGGUAUUUUACGCCGCAAAUCAGAGGUGGAUGAGUGGAGAGACAUUUUAAGAAGUGAAAUAUGGGAGCUAUCAAUUUGUUCCAAUGGUAUAUUACCAGCGCUGAUGUUGAGCUACAAUGAUCUUCCUGCACAUUUGAAGCAAUGUUUUGCUUAUUGUGCAAUAUAUCCCAAAGAUUAUCAAUUUUGCAAAGACCAAGUUAUUCACCUGUGGAUUGCUAAUGGUCUUGUACAGCAGUUUCAUUCAGGUAACCAAUACUUUCUCGAGUUGAGAUCAAGAUCACUGUUCGAAAUGGUCCCAGAGUCUAAAUGGAAACCGGAGGGAUUCUUAAUGCAUGACCUUGUCAAUGAUUUGGCCCAAAUUGCAUCUUCAAAUCUUUGUAUAAGAUUGGAAGAGAACAAAGGAUCGCAUAUGUUGGAACAAUGUCGGCACAUGUCCUAUUCCAAAGGAGAAGAUGGUAACUUUGAGAUAUUGAAAUCACUCUUUAAAUCAGAGCAGCUGAGGACAUUACUUCCAAUCAAUAUCCAGCUCCAUUAUUUUGAUAUUAAUCUAAGCAAGAGGGUGCUACAUAACAUACUGCCAAGACUAACAUCCUUAAGGGCAUUAUCGUUGUCAGGCUAUGAGAUUGUUGAGUUGCCAAAUGACUUGUUUAUAAAAUUAAAGCUCCUGAGAUUUUUGGAUAUUUCUCGGACAGAGAUUAAAAGGUUGCCAGAUUCCAUUUGUGUGUUGUAUAACUUAGAGACACUUCUCCUGUCAUCUUGUGAUUAUCUUGAGGAGCUACCGCUGCAGAUGGAGAAGUUGAUUAACUUGCGUCAUCUUGACAUAAGCAACACUCGUCUCUUGAAGAUGCCGCUACAUCUGAGCAAGUUGAAAAGCCUCCAAGUGUUAGUGGGAGCCAAGUUUCUUUUGAGUGGUUGGGGAAUGGAAGAUUUGGGUGAAGCACAGAACUUGUAUGGAUCUCUAUCAGUUGUAGAGUUGCAAAAUGUGGUUGAUAGAAGGGAAGCUGUGAAGGCAAAGAUGAGGGAGAAGAAUCAUGUUGACAAGUUAUCACUGGAGUGGAGUGAAAGUAGUAGUGCCGACAAUUCACAAACUGAAAGAGACAUUCUUGAUGAGCUUAGCCCACAUAAAAACAUAAAAGAAGUCAAAAUAACCGGAUAUAGAGGGACAAAAUUUCCAAAUUGGCUAGCUGAUCCUUUGUUUCUUAAGCUAGUACAGUUGUCUGUUGUUAACUGUAAGAACUGUUCUUCCUUGCCAUCACUAGGACAACUCCCUUGUUUGAAAUUCCUUUUGAUUAGAGGGAUGCAUGGACUAACAGAGGUGACGGAAGACUUCUAUGGCAGUUCAUCCUCCAAAAAUCCUUUUAACUCUCUUGAGAAGCUUAAAUUUGAAGAUAUGUCGGAGUGGAAGCAAUGGCACUUACUAGGAAAUGGAGAGUUCCCUACACUUGAGAAGCUUUCAAUUAUAAAUUGCCCUGAACUCAGUUUGGAGACACCCAUCCAACUUUCAUGUUUAAAAAGGUUUCAAGUUAUUGGUUCUCCAAAGGUUGGAGUUGUUUUUGAUGAUGCUCAACUGCUUAGAUCCCAACUUGAGGGAAUGAAGCAGAUUGAAGAAUUAUAUAUUAGUGAUUGUAACUCUGUUACCUCCUUUUCUUUUAGCAUACUGCCCACUACCUUGAAGAGAAUAACCAUAUCUGAAUGCCAGAAAUUGAAAUUGGAACAGCCAGUUGGUGAGAUGAGUAUGUUUCUGGAGUAUUUGAGUCUGAAAGAAUGUGAUUGUAUAGAUGAUAUAUCACCUGAGUUGCUCCCAAGAGCACGCGAAUUGAGUAUUUUCAGAUGCCAGAACCUUACUAGGUUUUUGAUUCAUACUGCCACUGAAAAUCUCUCUAUUUGGAAUUGUGAGAAUCUUGAAAUACUUUCGGUGGCAUGUGGAGGGGCCCAGAUGAUGUCACUGACUAUUAAUGGCUGUAAGAUGCUGAAGUGGCUGCCAGAACGUAUGCAGCAACUCCUUCCAUCUCUUGAGAAACUGUAUCUGUUUGAUUGUCCAGAAAUAGAGUCCUUUCCUGAAGGAGGAUUGCCCUUCAAUUUACAACUCCUUGUGAUCAACAAUUGCAGGAAACUGGUGAAUGGCCGAAAGGAGUGGCGUUUACAGAGACUCCCCUGUCUCACAGAGUUGUGGAUCUCUCAUGAUGGCAGUGACGAAGAGAUUGUUGGUGGUGAGAAUUGGGAGUUGCCUUCCUCUAUUCAAAGACUUACCAUAAUCAAUCUGAAAACAUUAAGCAGCCAACAUCUCAAAAGCCUCACCUCUCUUCAAUAUCUACGUAUUAUGGGUAAUUUACCUCAAAUUCAGUCAAUGCUAGAACAAGGCCAGUUUUCUCACCUCACUUCGCUUCAAAGUCUACAAAUCGUGAAUUUCCCUAAUCUCCAAUCACUUCCUGAAUCAGCACUGCCCUCCUCCCUCUCUCAGCUGACCAUCUAUAAUUGCCCUAAGCUCCAAUCUCUUCCAGUAAAAGGGAUGCCCUCUUCCCUCUCUAAACUAGAUAUUUUAGAAUGUCCAUUGCUCACACCACUACUAGAAUUUGACAAGGGGGAAUACUGGCCAAAUAUUGCUCAAUUUCCCAUCAUAGAGAUCAAUCGGGAAUGCAUGUGAUGAUUAAAACGAAUGACUCUUCAACUGAUAUGUGGAUUUUGAAGGGCGAGUACGACAAGUCUGGUCCAUCCAUUGUCCACAAGAAGUGCUUCGAAGUGAACUCAGGUCUGCUGUUAUAGGCAAGUCUUUGAGAUGCGACUAUCAAAAAAGGGUGAUUAAAAUCAUUGUACCGUUGAUACUAUUUCAUGUUUCCAGUGCACGCCUCUUUUGUAAGUUGACAAACUCAAUUUGUAAAUAUGUUUGGGACUCAACUAGUGGUUAGAGUAUUGAUUUUGUAAGAUUUGUGUCUAGAAAAUCAAAUUAGAAAGAUAACUCGCGAUGAUUGAAUAAGCUCGAAGA